GGAGCUUCGCUUGCUGGACCUUUCCUCCACCUCCUUCUCUCCUGGAGUCUCGUUUCUCCAGCGCUUCUGCUUAGGGGCUGCGAGUGGAGUGACUGGAGAAGAGGAGAACUAUUCCUGACGUUGCACUGUUUCCCCAUCAUGUCAGAGCCUGUAACACUCAACGUCGGCGGGAAGCUAUACACUACUUCACUGUCUACUUUGACCACCUUUCCCGACUCGAUGCUGGGUGCCAUGUUCAGUGGGAAGAUGCCGACCAAGAGGGACAGCCAGGGUAACUGUUUCAUCGACAGAGAUGGCAAAGUGUUCCGCUAUAUCCUCAACUUCCUGAGAACCUCUUACUUGGACCUUCCUGAGGACUUCCAAGAAAUGGGUUUGCUCCGUCGAGAAGCAGAUUUUUACCAGGUCCGGCCGUUGAUUGAGGCCUUGCAGGAGAAAGAGGUAGAGCUCUCCAAAGCGGAGAAAAAUGCCAUGCUGAACAUCACCUUAGACCAGAGGACUCAGACAGUUCACUUCACAGUCCGGGAAGCUCCCCAGAUCUACAGCUUGUCCUCUUCCAACAUGGAAGUCUUCAGUGCUCACAUAUUUAGCACCUCCAGCUUGUUUCUCAAGCUUCUGGGCUCCAAACUCUACUACUGUUUCAAUGGCAACCUGUCCUCGAUAUCCAGUUACCUGCUGGAUUCCUACCAUGUGGCCUUGGACUGGGUGGCAAAUGUGGACGGCCUGCCGGAAGAGGAGUACACGAGGCAGAACUUAAAGAGAUUGUGGGUCCUGCCAGCCAAGAAGCAAAUUAACAGUUUCCAGGUGUUUGUGGAAGAAGUACUGAAAAUUGCCAUGAGCGACGGGUUUUGUGUCGACGCCUCUCACCCACAUGCCUCAGAUUUCAUGAAUAAUAAGAUAAUCCGACUAGUUCGGUACAAGUAGGCAUAGCUUCCUUGCCUUCAUUCCUUCAUAAUAGCAACGAUGCGUUGAACUUGUCUUGACGCAGGCUAUAGGUUGGGGCCCACUUCAUGAAAUCCUGUGCUAAUCUGAACUAUGAAUUUCUAAUUGGAAGCUAGUUUCCAUUUAACAGGCUAACCCAGUAUAUGUUGAAACUCUAGACAGGUGGUACAAUAGGUUGGUCUGUGAGCUACAUGGGGAACCACACAGACCUCCUUCAGUAUGACUGAUGAGAUCUCUGGUUUACCUUCUUCCAAGAAGCAUCAUUAGGAUGUGAUAGGUCCAUUCUUGCAUGGCCAUGGUUGCGUUGGCAAUGAUGUCAGCAUUGUGGAAGGAAGUGUCCUGUACUUCUCACUCCCUUUCGUUGUGCCUGGCAGAGACAAGGCAGAAAUUAUGGCAGCAAGGGGGAGGAGGAAUGGCAGUGGUGGAUAUAAUAGCCCAAGGCCAACAUAAAUGAGGUUGCCCAAUCCAGCUCUGUAAAAACAAAAUGGUUUGUACAAAGACUGGAGCUCUAUUCAGACAUGUUGUACAAGUGUACAGAUGUCUGUACACUCAUACAUGAUUCUGUGGGAAUGACCGUACCAGCAUUCAUUUUAAAAGUGAACUUGAGUGUAGGCCCCUCAAAUGAAUGGUGCAGAUAGGAAGCGUACUGCUGUACCUGUGUUCAACAUAAUUGUGUGAAUUACUGUAGCUAUGUACACUGUACAUUCUUAUGAGUGUUGAAUCUAGUAUGUGAAUAGGGCUCAGGAGUUGAAAAGAUUCCAGUCUGGUCUCAUGAUAGGGGACAUAUUUUAACUCUCUGCCUCAGUUUUCACUUUGGAAAAGGAGGUAUAUGUUCUUUAACUAUCCAACCGCAGCAUAGCAUCCCUCCUAUGGCUGCUGGUGGUGUCCAGCGUUCCCUCUAACAGGGAUUCCCAGAUGUUGUUGACGACAACUCCCAUAAUCCCCAAGCAAUGGCCAUUGCAGCUGGGGAUUCUGGGAAUUGUAGUCAACAACAUCUGGGAAUCCCUGUUAGAGGGAACACUGUUGGUGUCUACCUUAUGUUUCUUUUUAGACUAUGAGCCCUUUGGGGACAGGGAACCAUCUUAUUUAUUUAUUUUUCUAUGUAAACCGCUUUGGAAACUUUUGUUGAAAAGCGAUAUAUAAAUAAUAGUCGUCAUUAUUUGCAAGAGCUGUUCUCAGGAUAACACCACUGGGAAUGCAUGUGUUUGCGCAGCAGCUGAAGCUUUCAGAGUGAAAGAGACUUUUGAACUGAGGAGGACAUGACAGCCAUUGGAGUUGGCUGUCAUGUCCUUCUCACUGAUGUUUCAUAGGCUCUGACACACAGACUUAAAAUUGCUUGACUAUUGGAGCAUUCAUUUGUUUCUGUGCUGUUGUUCAAAUGCGAAUUAUCCAUUUUCACAUUCAAAAUAAAUAAAGCUGCAAUUCCUGA